CUAUAAAAAGCGCGUCCCCGCGGCGGGGAGGGCGCAGUGUGGGGGUAGUUGCUGACGCGGUUGGUUCCGUCGGGGCAGCGCGGCUCACGGUGCGCGGCGACAUCGGCGCUGGUGCGUCCAGUUUCUCUACGAGGGAAGUGAGGAAAAAUGGCCCGUACGAAGCAGACGGCGCGUAAGUCGACAGGCGGGAAGGCGCCCCGCAAGCAGCUGGCCACCAAGGCGGCCCGCAAGAGCGCGCCGGCCACGGGCGGCGUCAAGAAGCCGCACCGCUACAGGCCCGGCACGGUGGCGCUGCGCGAGAUCCGGCGCUACCAGAAGUCCACGGAGCUGCUGAUCCGCAAGCUGCCCUUCCAGCGCCUGGUGCGCGAGAUCGCGCAGGACUUCAAGACCGACCUGCGCUUCCAGAGCUCGGCCGUCAUGGCGCUGCAGGAGGCCAGCGAGGCCUACCUGGUGGGGCUCUUCGAGGACACCAACCUGUGCGCCAUCCACGCCAAGCGCGUCACCAUCAUGCCCAAGGACAUCCAGCUCGCCCGACGCAUCCGCGGGGAGAGGGCAUAAGUGAAGGCUGUUUUUAUGGUGUUUUGUAGUAAAUUCUGUAAAAUACUUUGGUUUUAAUUUGUGACUUUUUUUUUUUUUUGUAAGAAAUUGUUUAUAAUAUGUUGCAUUUGUACUUAAGUCAUUCCAUCUUUCACUCAGGAUGAAUGCUAAAAGUGACUGUUCACAUAAACCUCAGUGAUGUGAGCCUUGUUGCUCAGCAGUGACAAGUUGCUAAUAUGCAGAAGGGAUGGGUGAUCUUUCUUGCUUCUCAUGCAUGUUUCUGUAUGUUAAUGACUUGUUGGGUAGCUAAACUUGUAAGGUACUAGAAUUGAUCUAAAUGUGUACAGGGUCCUUUUGCAAUAAAACUGGUUAUGACUUGAUCCAAGUGUUUAACAAUUGGGGCUGUUAGUCUGACCAUACAUCACUGUGAUCAAAUGUGGACUUUUCAGAGGGUGAAACUACGACUCUUUUAACCACAGUGUAAACUUACAGUUUCCUUUAAAAAAAAAAAGAAAAGAAAAAAAAACGUAAACCUGGCAGCUAUAGAUACACUAUGUGCAUUUAUAAUAGCUAUUUUAUAUAUUGUAGUGUCAACAUUUUUAAAUUAAAUGUUUUACAUUCA